CCAGCAGGAAGGGGAGAAACAUGCUUCGUGGUCGCUCAUUUGAAACGCAAAUUUGUAUACAGUAAUAGCUAACUCAAGGUGUCGUUUGUUUUGUCUCUUUACCAGCUACGGACCAGAGAAACGACAGUUGGUGAUUGUAACGCCACAUGCGUGCGACCCCCGCUCCACCGGGAAAAACAAGACUGCUGAAACUUCGGAAAGGAAACGUAGCGCCAAAUGGUUUCAAGAGAGACUUGUCAAUCGUCUUCAGACUCGCGCUGAGACCGUGAAUUCGCCCUCGCUGUUGUUUCGCAGAAAUCGUGACAAAACCUCCUCCGUUAUCCCAGCUCAUAUGAAUCAACAUUAGCCUACGUGUGUAUCGAAGUCGUGCACGUUUGGAAUUUCCGCUGUACUUCUUCCAAAUACUUGAAGGAUUUAAUGGGCCAUCAAUAGCCUAUAACACGAAGACGAACAAAAGCUACAAGGAUAUAGACCGACGACGAGACCGGGCUUGAUUUAUCUGUGGAUGACCUGCCGCAAAUGCCUCCCCCAACCCUGCCCCUAACUCCCUGCCUCUUGCGUAGCCGGGAUGGAAAUCUACAUUGUCAAUAGGAUGGAACCUGACAAAUCGUAGGCUUUCUGAUGUUCGGAUGCUUACAGAAAUCCAUGUGGGAAUACUUGCCAUGCGAAAAGCCUUUGAGAUUUUUGACAGCUUCGCUCUCGGAAGGCCUGUUAUCUUGGGUUUGAUCGUUUCUUUCGCGCAACUGGAUAUAAAGUAGCGCCGCCAGCGGUGGGACUAGCGUAGUGAAGAGGGAUCAGGAUGGCUUUACAACGACCAAACCGCUUGGGCGGUGUCUGGAAGGCCAUGUUUCUACGGCUAAGCCUCAGCGCUAGCCUGGAUCUGCCGUUCUUGUGUUGGAUAUUGGGCUUGGCCUUGCACGCCCAGCUAGCUGCCUCGCAAAAACUGGACGAGACGGAUCCAGUGGUCACUACCACUUACGGCAAACUGCGAGGAUUCAAAAAAGAACUCAACAAUGAGAUCUUGGGUCCCGUCAUCCAAUUUCUGGGCGUCCCCUAUGCUGCGCCCCCUACGGGGGAACGACGCUUUCAACCGCCCGAACCUCCCAUCUCGUGGUCAGAUAUCCGUAACGCUACUCAAUUCGGCCCCGUUUGUCCUCAAACCCUGCUGGAGGGCAGGCUACCAGACGUUAUGCUGCCGGUUUGGUUCACCAACAGUAUCGACGUGGUAUCGUCCUACGUACAAGACCAGAGCGAGGACUGCCUUUUCUUAAACAUAUACGUGCCAACGGAGGAUGUAAAAAGAAUAUCCAAGGAAUGUGCAAGAAAACCCGGCAAGAAAAUAUGUAGAAAAGGAGGUCCUCUUUCAAAGAAACAGAAUGAUGAUUUAGCUGAUAAUGACGGUGCUGAGGAUGAAGACAUUCGUGAGAGCGGGAGCCCUAAACCCGUGAUGGUAUUCAUACACGGAGGAUCCUACAUGGAAGGCACGGGAAAUAUGUUUGACGGUAGCAUCCUGGCAAGUUACGGCAACGUCAUCGUCAUAACCGUCAACUAUCGGCUUGGUGUGCUCGGUUUUUUGAGCACAGGAGACCAGGCGGCCAAAGGAAACUACGGACUUCUUGAUCUAAUCCAGGCCCUGCGCUGGACGAGUGAAAACAUUGCGUUCUUUGGGGGUGACCCUUUACGCAUUACUGUUUUUGGGUCUGGGGCCGGGGCCUCGUGUGUCAACCUCCUGACUAUUUCCCAUUAUUCUGAAGGUAACCGUUGGAGCAAUUCGACCAAAGGUCUUUUCCAAAGGGCCAUAGCCCAAAGUGGCACAGCCUUGUCCAGCUGGGCUGUCAGCUUUCAACCAGCCAAGUAUGCCCGCAUGCUGGCCAAGAAGGUUGGGUGCAACCUCAAAGAUACAGUGGAGAUGGUAGAGUGCCUACAGAAAAAACACUACAAAGAGUUAGUGGAGCAGGACAUUCAGCCCGCUCGCUACCACAUCGCCUUCGGUCCUGUCAUUGAUGGUGAUGUUAUCCCCGACGACCCUCAGAUCCUCAUGGAACAAGGGGAGUUCCUCAAUUACGACAUCAUGCUGGGCGUCAACCAGGGCGAGGGGCUAAAGUUCGUGGAACUCAUCGUGGACAACGAGAAUGGCGUGCAAGCCAAUGAUUUCGACUACGCCGUGUCGAGUUUUGUGGACGAUUUGUACGGUUACCCAGAGGGGAAGGACAUUCUGCGGGAGACUAUUAAGUUUAUGUACACUGACUGGGCAGAUCGUCACAACCCGGAGACCAGGAGAAAGACCCUGCUGGCAUUGUUCACAGAUCAUCAGUGGGUGGCACCAGCAGUGGCCACCGCAGACCUUCAUUCCAGCUUUGGCUCCCCUACUUAUUUCUAUGCGUUCUACCAUCACUGCCAAACAGAGCAGGUGCCUCCCUGGGCCGACGCAGCGCAUGGUGAUGAGAUCCCCUAUGUGUUCGGGCUUCCCAUGAUUGGUCCAACCGAACUCUUCCCUUGCAACUUUUCCAAAAAUGAUGUGAUGCUCAGUGCAGUGGUGAUGACAUACUGGACAAACUUUGCAAAGACCGGUGAUCCCAACCAGCCAGUUCCACAAGACACCAAUUUCAUCCACACCAAACCGAACCGCUUUGAGGAAGUGGCCUGGACACGUUACAACCAGAAGGACCAGCUAUACCUUCACAUUGGCUUGAAGCCCCGUGUCAAGGAACAUUACCGUGCCAAUAAAGUCAACCUGUGGCUGGAACUGGUGCCUCAUCUCCACAGCCUCAAUGAGGUCACCCAGAUAGUUUCCACUACGACUAAGUUGCCUCCACCCGAGGUCACUCCCCGUACGCCAAAGAAGAUCCCUGUCAACACCAAGAGGCCCUACCCCACUUCCCCGUUCCCCACUGAAACGCAGGACAGCCACAACCAGAAUCAGAACCAACCCUUUCUGGUAGACCAGCGGGACUAUUCCACCGAGCUGAGUGUCACCAUCGCCGUAGGUGCUUCAUUGCUCUUCCUCAACAUCUUGGCUUUCGCAGCGCUGUACUACAAGAAAGAUAAACGGAGACAUGAGGUUCAUCGACGCUGCAGCCCGCAAAGGACCACCGCCAACGAGCUGCCCCACACGCAGGAGGAGGAGAUCAUGUCUCUGCAAAUGAAACACAGCGAUCUGGAGAGGGAAUGUCGUGAGGCCAUGCACCCGCACGAGGUGGUCCUGAGAACUGCCUGCCCACCCGAUUACACGCUCGCCAUGCGCCGUUCGCCGGACGACAUCCCGCUCAUGACCCCAAACACCAUUACAAUGAUUCCCAACAGCAUGCCGGGCCUUACCUCUUUACACCCGUAUAACAGCUACUCCAGCGGACAGAAUAACACCCUUCCCCAUCCACAUCCCCAUUCACACUCCACCACCAGAGUAUAGCCACACACAAACACUGACAUACACACAGAUAAGUUUGAGUGUGGCGACGGACAACGGGCGGAGGUGACAUCACAGAGUGAGGAAUAUCUUUACUCCAGUUGUUCAGAGGACCAGGAAUUAACAAUGCAGAUUUUUUUCUCUUUCCUCGAGAGCGACACUAUCCUUUUAUAUCAGAAGGGAAAAACAAAACACAAAACGUGCAAGAUGAUUUCAGAUUUAACGAAAGACGAACAGAGUUGAUUUUUUACUCCUUGUAUUGUGACAAAACCAGGACCAUUUCUUGCAAACAAUUAUCAGUCUGGGGUUCUUUGAGGAAUGGUUCGAUUCGUAACCCGGAGAGGAAACUGCGGAAUCAGAGAAGAUAUGACGUGUGGGAGGCCCUUUGUAAACAAAAGGAAACAUAUUGUUUUCCCGAGGCACUGGAUUGUAGAUUACUCUCUUCUGAGCAGAGAUGCUGCUUACCUAAUUUAGGCAUGUGUUCUCCUGGUGGUAGCACUGUAAGAUAUGGAAUACAUCAAUAAGGGAAAAAAGACGCGAUUGAGAAAUCCUCGAGAAUAUGCACAAUAGAGACAUUCACUGAAUGUCUUUGAAUUUUUUUGUCUAUGUAUUUUUUGGGGGAACCGUUUUAUUGUAUAGGACCUAUUUACAUAUCUAGAUAUGUACACAAAGCACCCAUGCUCUUUAAGCCCUGACUGGGGGCGUCGAUACUGAGGAAUCUGCCUCAAGAGCGUAGCGGGGAAUUUAUUGGCUUUCUGGCAGAUACGGCUUCAUCACACAAGUGCUGUCUAUACUGAAAACUGGUGGACUGGAGGCUGGAUAUUUUUAGCACGAUGCGCAUGACAAUUUAUCUGCUUGGUGGCUGUUCUGCUGAUUAAGUCAUUAUUUAAAACAAAAAAAGUCAUUUUCUUCCCCAUUUGGAUUUGUUUAAGGAUAUACUGCUCUGAUUGGCUCGCAGGAAAUGGAAUAUGCUGGUGAGGGCGGACAUGGGAGGGGGGAUGGGGGUCAGAUUGGAAAUGUUGACGGGAAGGGGCAGGGAUAAGCUAAAUAGAUUGUAUUCGCAAAUAGCUCGAGUGAACCUGGUUAUAAGGACUAGUUUUGUACAUGUGUGUCGGUAAAACUUUUUAAUAGUGGUGAAUCACUUGUUGUUUGAGCUCCCAUGUGUGGGACAUUAAUGUACUUUUUGGUUUUCUCAUUGGUCUCAGCUAUACAACAUUGUUUUACUUUUGUUUUCAUCGUUUCCUAAUAUUUGCCACGUUACCUUAGCAAAUUUAUUACCUGUAUUUUUUUUUUGCUGUGCUUCACGAGGCAGUUCCCAUAUGCGACUACGAACGACCAUUUACCAACACAGGCAUUUAUUCAGUACAACAGUAGAGCUCAUGCGCUGGUAUCCCCUCAUCCAGAACUUUCUGUGGUUCUCCUGAAUGAUCAACCCCCAGUGAAUCCUGCACUGAAGACAGGAGGGCCCCUGAUGAAAGAGUGUAUUAGGGGCUCUUCUGAUCUCGCAAAGCCCUUGAUCAUACUGCUUAACGCUAGCUAUAAAAAAGAAAGAAAAUACAAAGGAAAGAAAUUGAGAAUGUGUGCUAAAGGGGUAAAGAAAGAGAAAUUGAAGGCAAUAGACGGAUCAGAAAGGAACUGCUGGUGCAAGAGCCACUUUGUCAGCACUUACCUGCUCUGUAGCCUCAGUGCUAAAAGUUUAACAAGCCGGUUUCACCUGCAAAUCUCUCUGUAACUGCCGAGUCCUCAUUAAAGAUCAAGUUCAUGAUGAUUUUGUAUUUUUUUCCUCAAAGCCGUGUUACAUAACAUCCUAUUUGCUAAUGAUCAAUCCCGGACUAAAGACCUUGAUAAAAGGGGUCUUCUGAUCUUAAUGGGGCCUUGAUUACUAUUCUCAAACCCAUGUUACGUAACAUACUCUGUGCUAAAAAGCAUAAUGGGAUGCUAGCCAUAGCCUUUCUUUGGUUAGCUGCUUCAGGGCUUUUUCCUGUGAAUCUUUUGUUACUCCUGAGAAAUUUAAUAAAACACCAGUGAAAGAUGUCAGGGGAUUACAGAAUGAAAAGAAUCAAUAUGAUGUCCCUAUAAAUCUCAUUACACCUCAGAAUGUACUGCAAGAUUGUGAAGAAACAUCCAUAGAUUCUGCCAUAUUCAGGGGCUCUCGUCUUUGCUGUCAUGCAAACUCUGUCUUGACCCCAAACGAAACAUACCAUACUAUGAAAAGCUUUUUUCUAGUCAGCACCGACCACAGUAAGCAACACAGUCACGUGAUUCAUUAAAUUGGAAUGUAGCUAAAGUAUGCAUCAAAGGUUGCUAAAUUUGGUCAGAUUGCAUCGUAAGGUAAUGAGUAUAUCGCUGCUGUCCUUCUGAAACCUCACAUUUACAUUUAUGCAUUUUGGCAGAUGCUUUUAUCCAAAGCGUCUUACAUUGCUUUAUCCUAUACAUUUAUACAUAGGCAUGUGCAAUCCCUGGGAUCGAACCCACAACCUUGCGUUGUUAACGCAACAUUUCCAUAUUUCGUGUUUUUUUUUUUGUGCUGUUAAUCACUAUUAUUUAGUCACAGUUUGUCACUAGGUUUUACAAAUAUCUAACCAAUAACAUUUAUUAAAAAGUGCUAGUCAACUUUGACAACACAGUAUUUUAUACCAUUUCCUAAAAAAAACUGUGAAUUUGGACAUCCAAGGUUUAUAUUUGGAUAUUGGUGAUAAUUUGCAUUUCUGUUUAUAUUCAUAUCAAAUUUAUAUUUAGCUUAUUUUGCGUAUCUGUUUUUUUUUCUUUCGUUUUUCUACAGACACCAGAACAGUAUAAAAGGGUUAUCUGUUAAAAAAGAGGCAAAGCUUUGACCAAGAAGUCGCUAGAUUGCUAGCUAGGCGGAAGAGUUGUUAAAGAGGUCUGAAAGUUGCUAAAUUUAGCUAUAAAGUCACGAACUUGGCAGCACUGUUUCUGCAGCCUAAUGCUAGCUAGCUCCGCCCACAGUGCGAUCUGAUUGGUCCAGAAUUGGUCCUCCGCCAGAGCAAUUAAGAGAGAAGAUCUGAACGGAAGUUUUUUUUACGUGUUACGUGAUUAAUGGAGCCUUCGGAUAGUUCCAGGACGUUUUGCUAUUUCUUUUAAUUUUUUAUUUCUUUCAUUUUUUUUAUUCAUUAAACAAACUUUUGUCUUUAAAUGGGUUAAAAGUUCACAUCAAUCGGUCUGUUUUGAUGCAGCUCCAUGCGCUUGCUAUCUUCUGGGAACUAUUGAGAGGCUCUAUGAACCACCAUUGCUGUGAAAAAAACUACGGAGUUGACGCAACUCUCUUUCUCUCAAUGGCUUUGUCCUGCGCCACACAGCUCCAUAUUAAACACUACAUGCAUCUGAUUGGCUGUGUUGCAUCAUUAAGUAUUUUCACCUUCGCUAUGGCUAAAAUACAAUAUAAUGGCCAAAGCAAGUGUUCACACAGAUUAAAGAGCCUUUGACAUCUAAAGGUAAUUCAUUAUUAGUUGGUGUGUAGCGCUGAGGUCAAACACGAGUUUGUAGGAGUGAAUACUUGAGUCCUGGUGACCAGCUAGAGGCAGAACUAAUGCAAAGAAAGAUAUGAACCGUUCCCUUCCUGAUCAGGCAACUUGUGACACACACACAGUCCCCAACAACGUGUUCCCAUUCAGAACACAAUGUCCUCUGGGCCUGCACUCUCUGUUCUACCGUCACCUACACAGUUCAAGCAAGCAGCAGAGAGCGACUGCGCUCUGUAUGCCGGUCCCCAUCUGGAGGUAUACGUAUGCAAAGUCAACCUGCCUACGUGUCCCUCUCCAAAAGAAAGCUCCUUUGAAUGAUAUUAAAAUUUAAUGAGCCGUCCUCCGGCGGCCCACUUUGAGGAUUCAUCUCAUGCAUGCACAUGUACCAGGGAGAGAGCUGGGAUUCAUCUGUAAUCGAGGAGAUCUCCGACGCUCAGUACGUCACAUGCACACUCAUGCCAGGACGAGCCUUGUAACUGAAUGUAACGCAAGACUGACGGCCAUUUACUUACAAACGGCAACCAAAUUUCAUUGUGUUUAUUUUCUACUGGCUGACCAUGGAGGAAGAUCAAAAUGGCUGUUUAUGAGAACUACAGAGGGUUGUUGUGAUGUAGAUUAUUUGUCAUUUUGUCUUUCUUUCUGGUUAAAUAGGAUUUAAUCUUCUGGAGCACAAUAAAUGAUUUUAUCAAGCUCAACUUACAUCGGUCUUUCUUUACUGUUGG